AGGCAAAUAUGCAAAUCAGCCUAUCAGGCAGUGCAGGGUUGCACUGCAGAGGUGAACGUUUCUCCACUUAGGAAAAUGCUGAUGAACAGCCAAAACAUUUUAUCCCAAAACUUCAUUCCCAAUGCUUCAUUUUGAAUAAUCAGGGAGGAGAGACGGCAGCUGGAGUUGCACAAAUUAUUUGUCUGUCUCAGAUAUUAAGAUGAGCGCAGACACGUUGGAGCAGUCGGAGGCUCCAACCGAACAGGCAGAGCAGAACGGAAUCAACUUCAAUCGACAAAUAAAGACAGAGGAGAUUAAUGACUCGCCUCAUUCAGCGGCCUCACUGAAGACAUGUCAUCUGACACAGAGCUCUCCAUUGCCUGGAGGUCAGCUGUCUGGGGAACUCACCUCUCUCCACACCAUGCAGCAGCUGGUUCUGAUGCCACCGUCUCACCUGUCAUCUCAAUCCCCCUUCCUGCUCUCGCAGAGCCCCACCAGCCACCAAGCUCUUUUGCAGCAGAAUCUGCUGUCCCUUCCCUGCCAGAGUCAAACUAGUCUCCUUCAGCAUCAACCUGGACUGGCUCUGACUCCACAGGCUAUGAGUCGCUCUGGUCUGGCAGGACCGUCUAUGGAGAACCACAUGGACAUGUCCCACCUGCAGAUGCCCAAACACAUGUCUGUACCGCCACAGGAGGAACCCAGUGACCUGGAAGAACUGGAGCAGUUUGCUAAAGCGUUCAAACAAAGACGCAUCAAACUGGGCUUCACUCAGGGAGAUGUGGGCCUUGCCAUGGGAAAACUGUACGGGAAUGACUUCAGCCAGACCACAAUCUCUCGCUUCGAGGCUCUCAACCUCAGCUUCAAAAACAUGUGCAAGCUCAAACCUCUGCUGGAGAAAUGGCUGAGUGACGCAGAGAACUCCCCCUCUGACUCGCUGAGCAACCCCACCUCUCUGCCGCCCCUGAUCGAGGGCUACGGGCGCAAACGGAAAAAGAGGACAAGCAUCGAAACCAACAUCAAGCAGACUCUGGAGAAGAGAUUCCUUGACAACCCCAAGCCCAACUCCGAGGAGAUAACCCUGAUCUCAGAGCAGCUAGCCAUGGAGAAGGAAGUGGUUCGGGUUUGGUUCUGUAAUCGGCGUCAGAAGGAGAAGAGGAUCUACUGCCCGGUGACUAGUUUAUCGGUCAAAUCACACAGCUACAACUCCAGAAUGGUCUCAGCGUCCAGAUCCUACAGCCCUCUGGCGUCAGGGGGAGUUUCAUCAAAUUCCUCUCCAAACAGUGCAAGCCGCGAAGCUUCUCCCAACAAUCUGUCCACAGCCUCCGUCUCUUUAACGUCUCAGGUCAACCCAGCUUCCUACAGCACGCCCGGGUCCUGGUAUCGCACAUGGAACCCUGCUGCGUAUCAUCACUGAGAAACAUAAACUCUAUCAUAUGAAGCUUUUUAUUUUGAGGAGGAAGUACACUGAAGAUGUGUGAUGGAGUGGCACGAUAAUACCUGUUCUUAACAGGGUUACAACUACAGGCUAAAUCUUAGAGGGAAUCAUGAGACAAAGCAACAGAGGACUGCAAACACUCCCCACACUGCUGUUAGGACGGCCUCGGGCUGUUUGAUUUGCAUUCAUGUGACUCUUUACUCCACUUAGAUCAACUGCAGAGAGGAAGAAAACACACACACACACACACACACACACACACACACACACACCACACACACCACACACACACACCACACACACCACACACACACACACACACACACACACACACACACAACUGACAAGAUAUAGAAACCCUAGCAGGAAUUCUCAUAUUCAAGCCUGUAUGACUCAACUAAUCUGUUUAAAUGUCAAACUGUUACUUUUUUUCUGCCAUCUUUACAUUAUACUGGACUCCAAUGAUCUCACUUUUGCUGUUAUUUUAUGUUUUUAUGUUAUUAGUUAGUGUUGUUUUGGUGAAUUUAAUUUAAUCCUCCAUCGUGACUGCUCGUCUGUCUAAAUAAAUAUGCAGUCUAAACACAGGGAUUGCAUUGAACUGCAUGUUCGUGACUGGUUCAGAAAGGCCUUUUGAUUUGGUUGUUUUAGUUCUUUGAAGCAGUUUAACUAAGCUGGUGAGAGAAAACGUAAACCUCUGCUGGCCCAAACCAGCUACUGGGGCUUCUGUGUACUUUGUCUCUUUUUUUCCUGCUGUGGCUUGUUGUUCUGCUUACUACAGACUCUCAUAAAAAAAAAAAAAAACUGCCUUUCAGACCUCAAGUCAUGGAUGGAUUACUGAACGGGCCGACUGGGCACAGGCCAAGGGGCCCCGGGGGUCAGGGGUCCUGACUGAUUAAAUAUGGAAAAAACCCUUAACAAUUACAAAAAUAUGCUAAAUGACUACAAAUAUACACAAAACAACAGAAAGAAACCCAUAC